UCUGUGACCAACAUGCAGGCAACACCAGUGUUCGUCGGUUUGCUUCUUGUACUGACUUGUAUUUGGCAAUUUACAGAUGCCAAAAAAUGUCAGCACGGUUUUGUGAAAUAUAACAAAAAUUGUUACUGGUUUUCGCCGAAAAAAAUGGUUGCAUCGUGGGCUGAAGCACAAGUAUAUUGUAACGUCAUGAAUUCCUAUCUGGCCAUUAUUACGUCAGCCCACGAAAACAACUUUAUCCGAGGACAUCUGUUUCGGAAAGCCCAAAGUUCUAUCUACUGGAUCGGGGCAAACGAUCUACAAGCUGAAGGUCAUUUUCAGUGGCUUUCAGCAAAAUCACGUACAGCUGUAAAGUACACCAAAUGGAGUGCAGGCCAACCAGAUAAUAACGGAGGGGCAGAAAACUGCGUAGAACUGAGACGCAGAUUUGGCUUCCAUUGGAAUGAUUGGGGGUGUUACCAUGGAGCAGGAUUCAUCUGCGAACAGUUUUAGAAGACGACUUGUGAAGCAGUAUGAAAACAAUACGUGUGAAUUCUGAUGACUGGGUUAUGUCAUGUCGCGUUUUCGCUUUGUUGCCGUUAGAAUAGAGAUAUAAUAAAAUAAAGUGACAUUGCGACAAAAACGUGACAAGGUGACAAAGCGAAAAUCCGACAUACCACAAAUCAGCCACCAUCGUGAUGAUCAGAUUUCAGAAAUAAAGCUGCAGUUCACUGAAGCUACAAAGAAA